CACCCAACUCCACCAAACAUGGCGGUUUCCACCACUUUCUCCUUCCCCGCCGCCGCUCUUCUAGCCAUUUUCCUCUGUUUUCCCUCAUUUUCUUCCGCUUCCGAUUCCGAUUCCGAUUCACCCACCUUCUCCAUCAUCGACGAGAAUGCAAAACACCACAUGGGUAUCCCUGAUACUCUCGAUUCUGAUUCCGGCGGCUUCCCUAACCGGACCGACGACGAAAUUGCGGCUCUGUUCGAGUCGUGGUUGGUCCAUCAUGGAAAAGCUUACAACGCUCUCGGCGAGAAGGAGCGGCGGUUUGAGAUUUUCAAGGAUAAUCUCAGGUUCAUCGAUGAACAUAACCGGGUGCCAAGGAGUUAUAAGGUUGGAUUGACCUGUUUCGCUGAUCUCACCAAUGAUGAGUACAGGGCUCUGUUUUUGGGUGCCCGAUUCUCCCCAUUUCCUCGCCCAUCCGCCGCGGAUAGUGGUAGGUACGCGACGGCUGUCGGCGAUGAUCUGCCGGAUCAUGUCGAUUGGAGGAAGAAGGGCGCUGUUACGGCUGUUAGAGAUCAAGGACAUUGCAAGAGCUGCUGGGCUUUCUCGGCCGUGGCUGCAGUGGAAGGAAUAAACCAAAUCGUCACCGGUGAGUUAAUCUCUCUGUCGGAGCAGGAACUUGUGGACUGCGGUCGAUCUAAGUUUCUUACCGGUUGCAAAGGUGGUUAUAUGGACAAAGCUUUCCGAUUCAUCAUUGACAAUGGUGGCAUUGACACCGAGGAAGAUUACCCUUAUAAGGCCCUUGAUAAUUACACUUGCGAUCUCGACCGGAUCAAUAUAAAUGUUGUCUCCAUAGAUGGGUAUGUAAAUGUGCCUCCGGGGAAUGAGAGGUUGUUGAGAAGGGCUGUGGCUGGUCAACCAGUUAGUGUUGCCAUUGACGCUGAUUCCGAAGCCUUACAACAUUACAAAUCGGGUGUCUUCACCGAAGACUGCGGAACCGAGCUGGACCACGGUGUUGUUGUUGUUGGAUAUGGCACAGAAAAUGGUUUAGACUACUGGAUCAUUAAGAAUUCGUGGGGUGAAACUUGGGGAGAGAAGGGUUAUAUGAAGUUGGAGAGAAAUGUGGUAAACACGGCAGGCAAGUGUGGUAUAACCCUAAUGGCUUCAUACCCCAUCAAGCUUUGAAAGAACCCUCCCAGACCUGAUGCUGCUUCUCCACUCGAGCCCCUGGCUGUAUGCGUAACCAACCAUUAGAACACAGGUGCAGUGUACACAAAGCUACGAGAAGUGGAAGCUAAGCUUGAUGACACCCUGCUCUUGAGAAUUCAACCAUGCUCGUGUUGUGUUAUAGUCCCCUUGCUUUGAAAUAAAUUGCAUGUGUCUAUCCUUAUUUCCGUUUGGAUAUGGUUGAACUUAUCAAAUGUUUAAAACCUAAUAAUAUCGUUUGUGUGUUUGUUUGUGAUUCUA